UUUUCCUAUUUUCCUUCUUAUCUAUCAAUACAUAUUGGAAAAUCAUAAGGCGAAUAAAAUUAUUUGUUUACUAAAAACAGUUAAAAAUAUUAACUUGCAGUUUCGAUAAAGAAGUGUAAUAUUAAAUAAGUAAUAAAAAGCAAUAGCAAACAGCUGAAUCAUAUAACUAUGGAAUCUGCGUCGCAAAAACUUCCUUUGGAAGACAAUCUAACACCAGACCAAGAUAUCACCGAUGUUACAAAAGAGCCUGUUGUAGAUAUGACUUUUACGAAGGAAUUGCGUAAAGCCACGAAAGACGUGCAUAAAAUAAGUGAUGUGCUUGUAAAUGCAAAAUUUGCUUUAGCAUUAUCGGACGAUGCUGUUUGGUUUGAUGGUUUAUUGGCAUUUUACGAAGUUUACAAAUACCUAGAGGAAAAUCUUCCUGAAAACUUACUUCCUAGAGAGCUUCAUCGCAAAGCAGCCUUUGAACAAGAUUUGGCGUAUUUUCUUGGAAAAAAUUGGAAAGAUAAUUACGAACCGCGGGACAGUGUUAAAAAGUACAUCGUACAUUUAGAAGAAGUCAAUGCAAAAAAUAAGUUACUUUUGUUUGCAUACGCUUAUCAAAUGUAUAUGGCUUUAAUGUCGGGCGGUCAACUGCUGCAAAAGAAACGAAUGAUUAAGAGAAAACUUUGGUUUGGCAGGCAAGGUGAAGAGGAAGAGGAAGUAGUGAAAUCAUCUAAUUCAAAUCCAGAGGUAGAUGAUUUGGAGGACCGCCCAAUGCCUAGCCAAGUAACCAUUUGCCCAGAGGGUUGUGCUGCAACGUAUUUUCCAGAGAAAAUUUCGGUUUUGAAGGAUAAACUGCGACAAGUGCUGAAUGAUAAUUAUGGCAAUUUUAAUGAAGAACUGCGUGCCGAAUUUAUAGAAGAGAGCCGUAACGUCUUUAUUUACAAUGGCGAUGUUGUUCGCUCUAUAAAAGGUGUUAACCGUGCAAAUCUACGAAAAUUGGCAAUGGUUUUAGUUUUUGUGAUGGGUAUAUAUUUCGCAUUAAAGCUCGCUAAACGUUAAUUUACAAACGAUACAACUUAAACGAAUUGUAUUGACUAGUGAAGUAAAAUUUAUAAAACUUAUUAUGGAAUUUAAUGUUCCAAUAAACAAUAUAAUCAUAAAAAGUAAUAUGUCUCCACAUUCUGCUAAAAAUAGAAAUAUUAAUCAUGUGACUCCACUUUAUCUCGAAUAAAAAAGAGCUAUUAAGCUUAUUUCCGUAUAAAUAUUUUAA